CACACACACAAUCUCGCAAUUCGUCAACGCCCCGUCUGUCAUCCACCCUCGUACCACCACCAUCAACUCCUCCUUCAACUCCAUUCAGGGUUGCCCAUCGUCGCAUCCCUGGUAGCCUGAUAACCCCUCCCACUGACCAUCGCCCUAGCCGAUGACGUGCAUGUGGACAGACACGCUCUUCGCCAUGUCGUCCAAGUACCGCCGCGACUGGGCGUACUUGGCCAUCAUCUCGAUCCAGCUCCUGGGCAUGAUAUGUAAGUCGUCCAACAAGCACAAUUACCUUCCGUGACAUGAUCUCUCCCUCAUCCAUCACCGGACAUCUCUCCUUUUUCGGUGCGCUUGCGCAACUCCCAACCCCCAACCGGCGUGUUGCUUCAACACCUCCCAGCUCCAUCCAUCUACAUAUACUAACAGACGUCUCCCCCCCGCCAGUCCUCGACCUCGUCGCCUUCUACCCCAAGGCCCUCUACGCGGGCUCCUCGGCGCCGCUGCACUUCCUCAUCUCCAUCCGGCGCAGGUACAUCCGCGCCACCAGCGACCCCUUCUUCAGCGCCUCCCCCGCCGCCUCGCCGCACUCCCCCUGGCUCCAGGCCUUCCUCUACGUCGAGCUCCUCGUCCAGCUGCCCCUCGCCGUCUACCUCGUCUGGCGCCUCUCCUCCCUCUGGCGCCGCACCACCCCCUUUGUCGAGCUCGCCGCCGUCGUCUUCUGCUGCCUCACGUUCAUGGGCUCCGUCGCGUGUUGCGCCGAGCUGUGGAGCAUGAGCUUCCUGAAGCUGUCCGCCAAGAAGAAGUCUUCUCUGUUUUACGGGACCUAUCUCCCGUUUGUCAUUAUUCCCGCCAUUAUGGGCAUCGACAUGUACACGCGACUAGCGCUCCGGUUCCAGCGAGCAGAAGCGGUCAUUAACAAGGGAAAGCGACAGUGAUCGUAGUUUGGUAGCUUUCCCGCACAGGCGGCACAGCGCCUGCGGCCGAUGCGCAGCAAAACGAGAGUGAACGUAUCUAGUAGUUUGGUCGCGUUGGUAAAUGGCUUGCGGCCUAUGCGCAGCGGCAACGGUAUUAAUGUUUUUCUACGCCAGGAGGUGUCCAGCACAAUAGAUAGUCCUACACAGCCAUACAACGCCGCAAAAAUCAUACAUGUCGUCGUGAUGCCCC